GCAAGACCACAGCUGACUGUGUUUCAUCCUGGGAGCGAGUACCUACAAAGCUCAACAAGCUUUGAUGUAGCAACAGGCGGGGAAGGUGCGUAUACUAUGAAAAUUUUAACGUAGAUUAUAUGGAAAACAAGAUGGCAGCAGCUUCCUCGAGCGCCCUGCCUGAAGACGUGGAAGAGGCUGCAGAGCUGUAUGCGUUGCAGCUCCAGGCGUAUGUCCAACAAAUCGCGAAUGUGGAACAGGAGUUUGGCGAUGUCUCGGACGAGAUGUCAAUCGUCCUCUCCCGGCUUUGCGACUUGCUGAAGCGCCACGGAAAGCAGCAGAAGACGCUGGCGCUGUGGAACCGCAUCACGGAGAUCGACCGGGCGGUCCAUGCGCAGAGGAAGCAGAAAAUUUUUGUAUCUGAUGGUUUAGGCGAUGAUUUCGACGACGAAGCAGAAUUUUCCUCGCAGGAAGAUUUUUCAACAACGCGGUCUUUGGAACAAGUAAACUCGCCCGCCGUGGCGCCAAAAGCGCAGGCACUAGCGAGUCUCGACGAGGAAGAUGAUGGGAUGGCGAUUGUGUUACCGCCCUCGCCAGAUAAGGAAGGAAAUCCGAACGGCAGAAAUAACGCAGACAUCCCUGCAGCGAGCGCCGAAGACGAGACAGCUUGUCAGGAGAGGAAAAGAGAGGAAAGAAGGGCGAAACGGCUGCAGCAGCUGGAUUCGCAGUACCAGAGGAAGCGGAAACGAGUGCUGUCAGAAAUCCGGGAGAUUCUGCAGAACCAGAAUGGCAGAACGUCAAGCUCCGCGUCUUCGCAGGAUGACAUCCGGGUCAGGCCCCUGUCGCAGAUGCUGGAAAGCCACGUGGCGGUUCUCGAUACAGUAGCGAGCACGACGGGUAAGUAUGGAGUGCUUGCGUUAGAGAUGAAAUCAUGCUCUGCUCCCGACGUCGUUUACACGCAUAAGUAUCUAAGGACUCAAGUUGACCUUCACCAGUAUUACGCUUGCAAUGACAGUUUUCUUUUUCAACAUUCUUCAACCCAAAUUCAGGUUUCGUUUCGUCUCUCGUUCUCUCCACGGUUUCCACCACCGCACGCGUCGGCCUCCUCACCGCCGCCGACACCGGCUACUCUGUCGGGGCGGUCGCCCUGGACCUUGCUGUCCCCGAAACCAUGCCCGCCAAGUACUGGUUCGGGGUGCUUGGCCGGAGCCUGUUCCAAGUGUCCCGCUCCUCCGUGGACUACGGACUGUCGAUCGGGGGCUCUUUGCUAGAAAAAGUCCCGGUCGAGCCCGUGAUCCGUUCGGGCGCGAAGGGCGUGGCAGUGGUGGGGGAUCUGUUUUUGAGUCGGCGGGGAGGUCAAAGCAAUCAGGAAGGUGGAGCAGCAGGGGUAGAAGGAGCUCCUGAUGACGACGUUCUUCAACCCGACUACCAGGACAUCGAGAUAGUGCUCAGUACGGAGAUCAAGGAAGCGCAGGACAAGUCCUCUGCGUCAGAGAGCCUGAGCAAAAGAACAAAGUCUGAAGGGGAAAAGAAUUGUUCGCCGCAAAAAGUAGCAGGAACUCCACACCGCAUGAGGAAUAACACGAGCAAAGACGAUUAUGCUGCAGAGGCUGCGGAUACGUUCAGCUAUCUGAAGUCUGACGUCGACAGGAAUCAUUCUCCACCGAAGGCAAGCGAACAAACCGGCACGUCUUGGAUCAGCAGUCUCUGGGGUGGUGGAUCUGCAGCGCCAGACGUGGAGCUAAAGGAGAUUCCGAAACUGGAUACCGCAACAUCCGCGAGUGGCAGGACGGACGGCGCCGAUACUUCCGCAGGCAGUAUCGCAGCAGAGCAGAUGAACACGAGUGAUAGAGGGGAGCAAGAGCCAGAUACUCUAUCCAGCGCAGGCCUGUUUUCCGGACUUCUUUCCUAUGUGACUACAGGCUCGUCUGGGAGUUGCGCAACUUCUGCCGAGCCAAGUCCUUUGGAGGGCCGCGGGGAGGACAAAAUUGCAAAGGAGGAAGCGGCCUCCAGUAGUUGCGACCCAGCGGUUGAGGCCGAGUGGCAAAGACCGGUGAGGCAGUCACCCUCCCGACCGAGUAGUCCCAGCAGCAAGGGUAGUAGUACUAGUGGCAAUAAGAAAGAACAACGCGACAAAUCUAGUCCCACCUCUGGCCCGGAGAUCAUCAAGAAAUCGAGCAAAGACGUAGCUGCCUUUUCUGGUUCCCUCCAAAAAGAGGAAAAUAAUGCCGAAGAUUGUUUACCGCCAAAAGCAAAUUCAAAUUCCGCAAGCGAAAAUGCAAGUGCCCCAGACGGCUCAACUCCAUCCGCAACUGAAGACGAGUCCACCCUUCUCGACACGGUCCUGGACGCACCGUAUCAGCUCAUGAGCACGACCGCCGAGGGCCUCUACACUACCGGUUCGACCGUGGUGUCCGCGACCGCCACGGCCGCGGAAACUCUGACUUCCACCACCGCAACCGCGACAACCGCGGGGCUGGAGUUCGCCGGGUCUGCGACAAGUGCAGGGUUGGAAUUAGCCGGCUCCGGGUUGGGCCUUGUCACCACCGCAGCCGGGGAUCUCGUUACAACGGUGACCACGUCAACCGGGGAAAUUCUCAACACGGUUAGCAGUGCCACGAUCGGGACAGGGACGACUGGGAGUCCGACGGGAGGUGCGGGUAGUUCGCCCGUGAACAAAGGUAGCUCCGAGGCGGAUUUGCUGACACUUAUGAACGCAAACUUGAAUGAAGCGGACGACUUUUUGUUGUCGCAAAGGGAGUCGCUGUCGUUGGGCAAUGCUCGAAGUUGUAAUCUUACGGCGGGACAACUGUCUACAACUGGAAGCGGAGUUGUGCCCAAUAUGAAUGCGACAGACUUGGCAAACAAUAAAAGCUUGACAUCUAAUGACAAUGACAAUUUCGACGAUAUCAGCCUCUCUGACGACGAAGAGUAUAAAAGCGCUACAGAAU